AUGUUUGUCCUGAAAAAGAGUAAAGACAAACCACCUAUCAAUACAACACCAACAGGAGCAUCUUCACCAUCAACAACAACACAUCAUACAAAUAGUACUAUUUCUGUCACAUCAUCUUCAAAUAAUGACAAGAGACUUUCUCUAACAAGUACUAAUCUUGCACGAUUGUUCCUUUCAAAACCAUCCCCGAAUGUAGUAAAUCAUGCCGAAUCAGCAAAGAAUACAUCUUCAUCUUCCUCUCAUAUUCCAAAGAUAAAUGUUGAAUCUUCUUUGGAAACAAAUUCUAAUAUCAAUUCGUAUAAUCAAAAAUCAAGUUUAAUUGUAAAUGCAAGUCCAACAUCAAAUUCAAGUUUCCUAAAAAGUAAGAGCAAACAAAAGCGAAGAAAACAUAAAAAGAGAAUUAAAAAUUUGAGAAAAAAGUUUUACUAUCCAGAAGAUACAAGUCAAUUAAUCAGAUAUAGUGAUAUUGAUUUUGGAUAUGGAUCUGAUUAUGAAUUUAGUUUUUCUGAUCUACCUGAUGAGAUUAUUGUUCAAAUAUUUCAAUAUAUUCCAGUAGUUUAUUUGGCAAAGAACUUUUCAGUUGUUUCUAAAAAGUGGAGUAGUGAAGAUUUUCAAAUCACAGAUAAGGGUCUAUUGCAAUUGGCUCACAAGUACAUUUAUUCAAAUGCUGAUUAUUUGGCAAUGCCACCUGCCAUUGAUCCUAUCAGUGGUAAUUUUGAUCUCAACUUUGAUUAUGAGCAACAUUUAGAUUCAAUUGAUGAAUCAGCAAGUGUAUACAGUAGUACAGCAUUUGAUACUCAAUCAUACAAUGGAGAGGAUGAUGAAAAUACUGAAGCCAUUGGUGAAGAAGAUGAUGAUGUAACCUCAACUGCAUCAACUGAUAUUUCCAGUUUUACAAAUACCAAGUUUAGCAAAGCUAUUGCUCCAACACCAUUCAAUGUAUUAUAUUAUCAGAGAAACUUUGGAUUCACUUCAAAGAGAAAUCCAAACAGUAGAGAACCAAAUUAUGGUCUUCAAACAUUGCACACUCUCAAUGUUCAAGGAUGCCAUUACAUUACUGACAAUGGUGUCAAGUAUUUGACAUAUAUCAGCCAAAAUUUAACCCAUUUAAAUCUUAGAGGUUGUACAAAAGUUAAUGAUUCUGCCAUGUCUUACAUUAGCCAAUUUUCUCAAUUGAAUUAUUUGGACAUGACAGGAUGUGUAAAUGUAACAGAUCUUGGUGUCAAGCACUUGUCUCAAUCUGCAUGUAAAACUAAAUUGAAAUAUUUGGAUUUGACAUUCUGUCACCAAGUUACAGAUGAAGGUGUAAGGUAUUUAUCAGAAAUGACUGAAUUGGAGGACUUGACUCUUCAAUGUUGCAGACAUAUUACAGCAAAGGGAUUGACUCAACUUGUGAAUAGUUGCCAAAAUAUUAGAGUUCUUAAUUUGACUGGUUGUCACUUGUUGGAAAUUUCUGGAGUAAGAUCUGGAUCCCUUCCAAAAUUAGAGAAGCUCAGUAUGAUGGGCUGUAAACUUACUUCAGACAAUUGUUUAAGAGUAAUAUCUGAUUGGACCUGCAAUCUCAAAGAACUUGUCCUAUCAUUCUCUGAUAUGAUUACAGAUGGCGGUAUUGAAAGAGUUAUUAUCAACUCUAAGAAUUUAUCUCAUCUCAAUCUAAAAAAGUGUUCCAACAUUACUGACAAGUCAUUAGAAUGCAUUUCUAAACAUUUGAGCAACGUGGUUGAAUAUCUCAAUUUGACAGGUGUGAGAGGAUUCACCAAUGGUGGAUUGAAGUAUUUGGAAAAUUGUACCUCACUCAAAGAAUUUGUCAUUCAAAGAUGUAUCCAUGUCAACAAUGAAGGACUUGCACAUUUAGCUUACUGUCCAUCUCUAGAAAUUCUUGACAUUUCUGAAAAUACUCUCAUCACUGGUGAUGAAUUGUUGAAACUUUGCAAGAAGGGCAAAUUGAAACAGUUAAAGAUUGAAAAAUGUAAAAUUUCCAAAGAAAUUAUCAAUACCCUUUCUCAAACAGUUGUCAUUACUCAAUAA